AUGACAGAAAACCUUCACACUCACGCGAAGAGCGGAACCCUCAACCUGCAGAACAUUGCCCAGCUCCUCAUCCAGGUGGAGGUCAAUGAUGAGGAUAGCUAUGGCGAUACAGCCCUUGACCUUGCAAUCCGGAACGGCCACGUUGGUGCAGUAAAGCUACUCCUGCAGAACGGUGCCGACGCCAACAGAAUAUCUCCGGAUGGCAAGAGCCCUCUCUAUGCGGCUACUCAAGCACCAAACAGUGGCCGUAUUGUUGAGCUUCUGCUCAAGCAUGGCGCCAAGCCAGAUGAGUCGGUUUCAAAGCCAAAGGGUGACACUCCACUGAUGUCAGCAAUUCGACAAGGCACUAGCUACGAGGCCAUUCGCGCACUAAUUCAGGCUGGGGCAGCCAUCGACAAGUCAAACGAGCUCGGCGAGACACCUAAGCAACUUGCUGAAAAGUCCACCAAUACCGCUGUGCACAAAGCGAUUCGCCCCAAUGACGAAAAGCCAGAAUGGAAACCCGAGCUGGAAAAUCUUCUCGUAAGCUCUGGUCUGUUUGCUCUGGCCUACUUCAAAAACUUCAAAGAUGUCGGCCUGAACGCCAUCAAACGUGUUUCUGCUUUGUCGGAACCAACAGCAGGCCAGACCACGAACCCCCGCACGGCAGAAGAGUUCAAGGCAAACAUUGAGAGCUUUAUCAAUGCAAAAGGUCUUGAGGACUUCUACCCUGUCGGCAAUGAGUAUGUGGCCAAGGUAGCAGAGAACGCAGCAAAGAUCCUGAAAGACUCAGCCUUCCCGGGUGCAACACCCAGGAACGUGGCCAUCAUGUCCCGCCAGGCAUUGUACCAACCUAUCCUGUACUGUGACGACAGCGGGUCGAUGAGAGAUGAUGACCGUAUGAGCCGACAGGCAAUUAUGGUCAAACGAAUGGCAACCCUUAUUACGCAAGCUGCUCCCGAAGAAGGCACGCUCGUACAUCUUCGUUUCAUCAACAAAGGCGACAAGUUUAAUGACAUCAACCCCAACGAUCUUUCAUCGCAUAUGAACUUCUCUCCUGGUGGGUCGACUAAAUUGGGUACAAACCUAAGGGGAAAAGUCUUGAAUGACUUCCUCUACGGGCCAGUGGACAACGGUGAGACGUUGAAGCGACCACUCCUUAUCCUCACAGUCACCGAUGGAUGCCCAAACGAGGAGCCGACUGAAACAUUCGAAAACGAAAUACGUGCAUCGGUCCAAUUUGUGCAGGCCAACGGCUACGGACCUGAAGCCGUACAUUACGAUCUCAGCCAGGUUGGAAAUGCGGCUGAGGCUACCAAGUUCUUGGAAAGCUGGGAGAUGAAUAGUCUCAUUCCUGAUACUAUGAAUGUGACCGCUGAACAUUUGGAUGCUAAAUUCGAGAAUUUCAGAGAUAACGAUGCUGAGCUCAAUGAUUGGAUCUUGGAGAGACUUAAUGCGAACAACCCAAUCGUUUACUAA